CGACGCGUGCAUGUACGUGAUAUAAUAUAAACGGAGCAAAAUGACACAGGGCAAAGACAAGAAGAAAAGCACGAUAAAAAAGGAUAAACAGGAAAACGAGAAGACGUGUGGAAACGCAGAGCCACCGCAGACAGUGGAAGGAAGAGACAAAAGAAAGUUACUGAGCGACUCUGGUACUCUGGAUGACACCUACGAACUCCCGGCACUAUUUAACCUAAUUAUUCAGAGAUAUGAGGGGGAAACCAGUGAGGGCCAGUUUCAUGGAGAAGGUGUUGCUUGUUUUGAAGGAGGCCAUUUGUACAAGGGCAUGUUUACCAAGGGACUUCUGGAUGGACAUGGUGUCUUCACAUGUACAGGCGGAUUGAAAUAUGAGGGAGAAUUUGUGUGCAGCAAGCCCAUGGGCCAGGGUUCCAUCACCUGGCCAAAUGGCAGCUCCUAUAAGGGAGAUGUCUACCAGGGUAUACGACAUGGGACUGGAACUUACAAUUGUGCCAAAAGUGGUGUGUUAUACAGAGGGCAGUGGGAUCAGGGCAAGAGGCAUGGAAAGGGUACUGUGUAUUAUAACCAGGAUAAGACCUCUUGGUACAAAGGAGAUUGGGUGAAGAACAACAGAGAGGGACUGGGAGUGAGAUGCUACCCUUCUGGUAACGUUUACUCUGGUGAGUGGAAGAAUAACCUAAGACAUGGAGAGGGCACGAUGAGGUGGCUAAAGCUGGGACAGCAGUAUGUUGGGAUGUGGCAGGAUGGACUCCAGCAUGGGCAAGGCACACAUGUCUGGAUCCUAAGGCGAGCAUACGGAUCCCAGUAUUCCCAGUGUAAUCGGUACACAGGGGACUUCGUUCAGGGUCAGAGGCACGGACUGGGAACGUUUUACUAUGCUGGUGGUGCAAUCUAUGAAGGAGAAUGGAAGAACAAUAAAAAACAUGGGAAGGGAAAAUUCACUUUUAAGGACGGGCAUGUUUUUGAAGGAGAGUUUGUGGACGAUCAGAUGAUAACACCCAACUUGAAUGGAAACAGAGCUCCCACUCCUCUGUGUGGUGCAUUGCCUCUGUCAGGUAGCGAGUCAUCGGUCUUAGGACCAGACAUGGCUCUGAACAUCGAAUGUCUUCUGAAUCAAAUCCCUGAAAGAAAGCGUGACACAGAGCGCAAACAGGUGGAGUUUGUGGUAUUAAGGAAAGACGCAGAGCUGCGGUCUAUCUACAGUUUCUACAGCAGACUUGGUAAUGACCACUCCCCAGACAACACCUUCCUGCUGUCCCGCCUGCAGCUCUGGCGCCUGCUCAAAGACUGUAACAUCCACCAUCACGAAAUCACUCUGGCACAGAUAGACCAUUUUAUCAAAGAGGAUACUGCUACAGAGAUCCACUCUCCCUUUACCCCCUUACCUCUUCAUAGGCUCCUCAGCUGUCUUGUGAGCGUGGCCUACCACAUCUACAAUAAAGACAUAUUGUCACAAAAGCACCUUCUGGCUGCUUGCUUAUCCAAACUGAUGACAGAUGACAUCCUUCCCAAUGCUAAGAAUGUAAAAGGCUUCCUGUUUGGACAACCAGACCUUUCAGUGGUGGCUAUGAACUACAUGAAGAGGUGCUGGAAAGUCUAUCAGGCUUACUGCAAGGUUCAUGCAGCCCCCAGAGAUGACCAGACCAUGACCUUCAGACACCUGCUGUGGAUGUUCAAGGAUCUUCGUCUGUUGGACAAUAAGCUGACCACAGCGAGUUUACUGAAGGUCAUCACUGCAGAGAGCCACGACCCCAACAACCUGUCCUCCUGCCUGGAUCUGGAGAUUACGUUUCUGGAGUUUUUUGAGGUACUGCUGGGCUGUGCUGAGGUGAAGUGUCAGCGGGUUUCUGAAAGCCUGGAGGAGCAUCAGUCCCUAUCCAGAUUCGAUUCGAAGACUCUGAGAAAUCUUUCUGAAAUCCGUGAUCAGGACAUCUUGGAGACUCAACAAAAUGUCAAGACUGAAGUACAUGAGCAGCCUCAGUCUCCAGAGCACACAGAAGAGCAAAGAGGUGAGGGAAAGGGUAUGCAAACCAGAGGAACGGAGGCCAAAGACCAGACAAUUCAUCAGUUCUUCAACCACUUUUUCUUCCCUGCGUUUGACCAUCAUCAGUUGGUGACUGAAAAGAUCAAGGAAGAUAAACAGCAGGAGGCCUUAAGAUGCAUCGCUGCAGCUAAGACCCUACAAAGAGCCAGGCAGAAGGAGCAUUAA